ACUCCAUCCCGGGAGAGAGUCUCCAAGGAGGAGGAGGAGAACUCUUCCUCUUCCCGUGUUUAACUCUGCUAGCAUGGCGCAUCAACGGCCGCCUGCCUGCUUUGUUUUCCACUCGGGAAAGCCUCUGCGGACACACGCCGCGACGCGGGCGGCUUUCCCUGCCAUGUUGACUCGCUAAAGUGGGCGAAAAGAUGGCGGAGCGGUGAAAGAAGAAGGUGCGCCACCCCGGCCCUGCUGUCAUGGAGGUGGGCAGCCUCCCAGUGGAGCUAUGGAGGGUGAUCUUAGCCUACCUGCCUCUCGCGGACCUGGGCCGCUGCUGCCAGGUGUGCCGCGCCUGGAGGGAGCUGGUGCUUUCCCUGGACAACACCCGCUGGAGGCAGCUGUGCCUCGGCUGCCCCGAGUGCCGACACCCCAACUGGCCCAGUCAGCCUCACCUGGAGCCCCCGUCGUGGAGGGAGGCCCUGAAGCAGCACGCCUUGGCCGCCCGCACCUGGACUCAAAACGGACCCGAGCACCAGUCGUCGGCCUGCUUGCUGCUGUUCCGGCGCAGGAAGGACCGCAGGGUAUGGCAUGUGGGAGCCGGGUUGGAGUUCGAGACCCUGAGAGGAGCGCUGGGGGUGGCGGGGCCUUACGAUCGCUUGGUUCUCCAUCCCGGGGUGUACGAGGAGCAGGCUGAGGUGGCCCUGAAGGUGCCCGUGGAGCUGGUUGGACUGGGCGCACUGGGCGAGGUGUCCCUCCUGAUGUGUAUGGAGCAGCAGUGCCCGACUGCCAGACUGGUUAAUCUGGUCUUCAUGCCACCUUGGUUCUCCACUGUGGUCUACAAGACCUCAUGGGGUCACGUCCAGCUGGACAACUGUAACUUUGAGGGGGCUCAGCUGCAAGUCCGCGGGCCCGGGACUUGCCAGGCCCGCUUUUGCUCCUUCUCAAAGGGCAGCUCGGUGCACCUACUGGGCGUGGCCCUCAGCUUGCUGGACAGCUGCGACUUCUCCGGGAGCGACACGGCCUCCGUGACCGUGGAGGGCCCCCCGGUGUCCGAGAAGAACUGGGCUUGUAAGUACAUGGCCGCCCUGGCCAGGACGGUCUCGCCGUGCGGCGUUAUUAAAAGCGGCCCGCAUAGAGGAAGUGGUUCCGAGGGCGCCGUUAAAAAGGAGGACUGGCAGAGGGAGAACGGCGUGGAGGCGGGAGGGCAGGGCACCGUGAUCAAAGAUGCUUGGAGCGACGGUGAAGAAGAGGGCAGCAAGGACGGGGAAGGAACCAAAAACCCAUCAACCCUGGGUUACAGAAUCCCUUAUGACAACCACGGCCUGUCCCACUUACUGAAGGCCCGUCCAGACGGGUCCUUCCCAUCAGCCUCCUGCCCGAAUCCCCCGUGUACGCCUCCGGAACCUCUCACUAUUCAGCAGGAACUGGAGCGGGACCCCGAGGCUCAGAUGUUUGUGUCAUCUACCCUCGGCUGCAUCGUCCGCCGUUGCCUCUUUCGUGAGGGCAAAGGAGGAGUGCACCUGUCCAACUACGGACAAGCGCGACUGGAGGACAACGUUUUCCGCUGUCUCAACUACGGAGUCCGAUGCAUCCAGAAUUCAAUAAUCGUGAUGCGGCGGAACGAGGUGUGCGAGUGCCGAGCGUCGGGCGUGUUCCUGCGUCUGUCGGCUCAGGGACUCAUCGCCGAGAACGACAUCCACUCAAACGGGGAGGCCGGGCUGGACAUUAGGAAAGGCGCCAACCCCAUCAUUGUGUGCAACAAAAUCCACAGCGGCUUGCGCUCGGGCGUUGUGGUGCUGGGCAACGGAAAAGGCUCGCUUCGAAGCAACCACAUCUAUAACAACAAGGAAGCAGGCGUGUACAUCCUCUUCAGCGGGAACCCGGUGGUCUGCGGGAACCAUAUCUUCCAAGGGCAGGCAGCUGGCAUCGCUAUAAACGAGAACGGCAGAGGGCUGAUAGCAGAGAACGUGAUCAAGGAGAACCAGUGGGGCGGUGUGGACAUCCGCAGGGAGGGCGACCCCAUCCUGAGGAACAACUACAUCUGUCAGGGCUACUCUGACGGCAUCGUGGUGGGCGAGCGCGGCCGCGGACUCAUCGAGGGAAACCACGUGUACGGCAACAAAGGGUGCGGCGUGUGGGUGAUGUCAUCCAGCCUCCCCCAGCUAGUGGGCAACUACAUCACCCACAACUGCAUGUACGGCCUGGCCGUCUUCUGCAGGAAGGACCCCGACAACACGGAGAGGAACUGGGUGGGGCCCGAGGGCGACAGGAGGGGCAUGGUGGAGGAAGACGAGCAGGAGAACCUCCACGAGGAAGGGGAGCUCUUCGCCUGGGACAGCGACCUGGACAGCGAGGACGAGCGCCAUUCGGCACGCCGCUCCGUCAGCGUGGCGCUGGUGGAGAGCAACUGUAUGAGCUUCAAUGGAGCCGUCGGGCUGUACGUGAAAACCAGCGAACCGCUCAACGUUUUCGCCAACCUGGUGAACCGUAACCGGGGCGUGGGCGUGGCCGUGCUGCAGAGCAGUCAGCUGACCCGCCUGGUGACCAACUGCGUUCUGGAAAACAGCCGAGGGGGCGUGACGGUGGAGAAGGACUGCCGUGCCGAGCUGCGGGGUAACGGCAUCUACCAGAACGACGGCCACGGCGUCAACUUCAGCGGGAUGGGACAGAUGCUGGAGAACGACGUGGUCGGCAACAGCGGCUACGGCAUCCAGGUGUCGGGGAACGGCGACGUCAAGGUCCUCCACAACCGAGUGCAGCCAGCGCUGGGCUGUGGCAUCGCCCUGCUGGGCUCGGUGAAAGCUCUGGUGUCAGACAACCAGCUGUUCCAGGGCCACCCUGAGAGCCAGAAGAGUCUCCUCCACCUGAACCCCGGCAACAAGAGCUGCGUGUUACGCAACAACAGUAUUUCACGACACGACAGCAGCUGCACCUCCGUCCCACCCUGGGUUCUGGAAAACCCUUCUCCUCGUCCGCCGGCCAGCUCACCUUCGGGACUGUCCUCCUCCCAGUACCCCUCCCGACUGGGCAUCUCCAUGACGACCAGGAUCAGCGCCACCGUGGAGAACGGUUGCCAUAGCGGCAGCAUGUUCUGCUCCGUCCUGUGAUGACACUCUCCAGACAACAUGGUCUCAAAGAAGGACUGGACUGUGGAACCUCCAAAGUCAAACACAAAGAUGUGAACGAAUAAAGUGAAACUAAUCACCAUUUGAAGACCAGGGGCCGUACUUAUCAAGCUUCUUAGAAUUACUCCUAAGAAGUCUGCUAAGAGUUGACUUAAGAGUAAAUAAAUUCUUCGCUGAAAGCUGCACUUAAAAGUUAGUUAUCAAGCGUCUUACUCACACUUUCAGCGAAGUGUAGGACUGAAUCUUAAGUGUCACACUCAGAGCUGAAUUACGACAUUACUAUGUGCCGUAAACGCAAUUUUAGGUGACGUCAUUUCUGUGUCCAUAGAAAUGACCAAUCACGGAAGGGAAUCCCUUGUCUAAGAAUAAAGAAAUAUCUUGGAAAUAUUUAAGUGGACAAUGGGAGUGUAUAUUUUGACAAUAAACUACAAAAUAAUACAAAACAAACUAGUCCCCGCCGGCACUCACGCUACCGCUCCCUCUCUUCUAUCGCCCACACACUCACUGACGUCACUCACCUCACGGCCACACACAUACGCUACUGUCAUAACAUUUUCUUUCCAAUUAAUUAAUUAGGCAACUAAUUUGAAACUGGUGUGGGUGGCUCUAUAUAUACUAGCCCACUGCAGACACAUGCAAAAAUCAACAAGGAAUCGAAAAGUAUUAAAUCUGUGACAAAAAUAAUAUCCGCUCUGUCUAAACCGGGGGUCGGCAACCCGCGGCUCUAGAGCCGCAUGCGGCUCUUUAGCGCCGCCCUAGUGGCUCUCUGGAGAUUUUUCAAAAAUGUAUGAAGAAUGGAAAAAGAUGAGGGGGGAAAAAAUCCAUUUUUUUGUUUUAGUAUGGUUUCUGUAGGAGGACAAACAUGACACAAACCUCCCUAAUUGUUAUAAAUCACACUGUUUGUAUUAAACAUUCUUCACUGAUUCGAGUAUUUGGCGAGCGCCGUUUUGUCCUACUAAUUUUGGCCGUCCUUGAACUCACCUUAGUUUGUUUACAUGUAUGACUUUCUCCGACUUUCUAGGACGUGUUUUAUGCCACUUCUUUUUCUGUCUCAUUUUGUCCACCACACUUUUAACGUUGUGCAUGAGUGCACAAAGGUGAGUUUUGUUGAUGUUAUUGACUUGUGUGGAGUGCUAAUCAGACAUAUUUGGUCACUGCAUGACUGCAAGCUAAUCGAUGCUAACAUGCUAUUUAGGCUAGCGAUAUGUACAUAUUGCAUCAUUAUGCCUCAUUUGUAGCUAUAUUUCAGCUAAUUUAGUUUCCUUUAAGUCCUCUUAAUUAAAUGUAUAUCUCAUGACACAUGUAAUAUGGCUUUUAAUUUUUUGCGGCUCCAGACAGAUUUGUUUUUGUAUAUUUGUUCCAAUAUGGCUCUUUCAACAUUUUGGGUUGCCGACCCCUGGUCUAAACGAUACCGUUUGAUCAGCUGCUCGUCAUAAAAAAAACAACAACAUUGUUCCGUUCCCUGAACGUUCGCGCACGUCUCUCUCGCCUCAGUGCCAUCCCCUGCUGGCAACUCCUAACCACUUAAGACACCUCUGAAGGUCUCUUAAAUAUCGUGGAGAGUAGGAGUGAUUCUUAGACUUAAGAACGUUGAUAAAAAGCUUUUAUUCUUAAGUUUGAGAGUAGGACUAAAUUUCGCAAAUUCUCAGGACUUAAGUGUAAAAUGGCACUCUAAGAAGCUUGAUAAGUACGGCCCCAGGUGUGUCCAAACUACAUUUGUCCCAGGUUUAUUAAUAAGGAACCAACUCAUUUAUAUACAUUUGACCCUAUACUUGCCCUAACUUUACAUCUUGGGGGCGGUAUAGCUCGGUUGGUAGAGGGUUCCAGGUUCGAGCCCGCCUUCCGCCAUCCUAGUCACUGCCGUUGUGUCGUUGGGCAAGACACUUUACCCACCUGCUCCCAGUGCCACCCACACUGGUUUAAAUGUAACUUAGAUAUUGGUUUUCACUAUGUAAAAGCACAUCUCUAAAAUAGUCGCCCCCUUUUUUUAUGCGUUCGUCCAUCUCGUCUUCCCCGGUUAGGUGGGGCUCGAAACUGAAAGUUAACAUUCUCCACUCGCUCUCCCGCACCUGGUACUUGGUGACACCAUUAAACCCAAGAGAAUAAUAUACGGUGUUUGUGUAUGAAGAAACAACCAAACCAAAAAAAAGGUGAGCUCAUCGUGUAUAUUUUCUUGCAGAACCAAAGCCAGAGCUAGCCAUUUCUAAGGUGUUCUAGUUUUCUCUAACAGUUAAGUUAAAGUACCAAUGAUUGUCUCACACACACACACACACACACACACAAUAAGAGUGGCCAAAUUCUCUGCAUUUGACCCAUCACCCUUGAUCACCCCCUGGGAGGUGAGGGGAGCAGUGAGCAGCAGCGGUGGCCGCCCCCGGGAAUCAUUUUUGGGUGAUUUAACCCCUAAUUCCAACCCUUGAUGCUGAGUGCCAAGCUGGGAGGUAAUGGCUCCCAUUUUUAUAGUCUUCGGUGUGACUCGGCCGGGGUUUGAACUCACAACAUACCGAUCUCAAGGGCGGACACUCUAGUACAGGGGUCCCCAAACUACGGCCCGCGGGCCGGAUUCGGCCCCCCGCUGGAAGUCCCAAGUAAAAAAAUAUAUAUAUAUAUAUUUAUUUUUUUUAUUAUUAUAUAUUUUUUAUUUUAUUUGUCCUUACUAGUCCAUUUUCUACAGUCUCCUAGCCACUCAGGCAAAUCAUAUUGUCUAAAAAUGCAUUUUACCAUCUAUAACGUCGUGACAUGCAGCAAGUGC